AUGAGCAUAACUGACGUUCUUUCGGUGGAUAUAUUUCUCCGGAGCGGACAAAAUAAUACAAAUGAGUCCUACCUCUACUCCCAUUUAACAGGAGAUAAAAUUCAAGGCGUGGCCACGGUCCGUGCUCAUCUGGAUCUACGAAUUGAUGGGAUCGAAAUAGCAUUCAUAGCGUUACAAACUGGGAAGGCCUACCGACAAUUCCAGGAUCUCAAGUACUUAAUUGACGAGUCAUGUCUCCCCCCGGGGAAGCUCUUCAAGGAGCGCAAGAAAUAUGAGUUUGCCUUUGAAUUCGAGGUCCCAGACCAUUUAUCGCCAGAAGCCUGCAACCACAGAAUUACCAGCCCUGCGAUUCGGCAGGCGCAUUUACGCCCUCCUCCAAGCUUUGGAGACGCCUCCGUAGCUGGUCUCGGAGGCAAGUUAAAGGAUGACUAUGCGCCCCCAACAUGCAAAAUUCUAUAUACAAUCCAGGCCGCUCUCUUUCGCAAUAUUCCCGUAAUCGACAAGCGGGAUAUUCUGCUGGUAAAGAAGAUCAAGCUACGAGUCAAACCGGCGAUCGACGAAUUUCCACCUUUAGACUUAUUGAACAGUGUGAAUGACUAUUCCUUAGAAGCGGAUAAUGUCGUUUACGAUAGUCGCUCAAAGGAGAAAUUAGGUCAAUUAAGCGUGGUUCUGCAACCGCCGAAAAGCUUUCGUCUUCCGCUACGAGAUCCGCAUAGUCUGGUCAGUAUCACAGUCACGCUUUUCCUACGCUACAAAAUCACAGGAGACCAGGUUGAGUUGCCUCAGCUCCAGUCCUUUCGAGGACAGCUCGUCGCCACCACCUUCUAUACUACCACAUUUCACGAAGAUGCACCAAUGAAAAAGCAGGAUUUCUUUGGCCGACCAAAAAAUUACUCUGAAUCACAAUUUCCGUCAUUUUCCUACUCAAUUGCCUCCUUGGAUUGGACCCAAGAGGAAGAGGACUGCUAUGUAGCACCACUAAUAGUACCAGUCACCUUGCCGCGUCUGAACUUCAUCCCAUCCUUCCACACCUGCCUUGUUUCCCGUGUUUACUCCCUGGAUCUGCGGCUGGUUGUACCUGGUGCUUCACCAUUUUACCUCAAAGCGCCGGUACAUAUAUAUGCCGAGCGAGAUCCAUCCGCAUUACCAUCGUAUAUUGCGACUGUUGGCUUCGGCUCAUGAAAAUAAUUAACGAUUAUCUAUCCAUAUGAUGGAGCGUAUAUAAUGCUUUCGACGUCCGUCACGAGAUAUUCAACGCUCAUGCUUGGCAGCUACAAAGUGGUCUUGCAAUGCGCAGUCCAUGAUCAUUCAUAUCGAUCAGUUCAACACUGUAUAUAGCUAGUAUCUACUAUUGCUCUACAUAUUUUAAUCAACUUAUGACGGCAUACGACAAAAGUGGCCGAUUGAUACAUGACGUUCAACUGUUUCUUCACACAAUCAUUCUCACCAAUACAGUGCGCUAGCAACCCAGAGAUAGCUACCUUGAAGCUUCAUUCAUACAUGCUAAGAAACAAUUCAUCCAUUAAACUGCGAGGCCCACUCAGUAACGGGUUUGUCAAAAAAAAAAAUACCCCUCUAAGCCCUUCUACCCGCUCAAGUCCAUCGGCAAAAGAAACGCUUAAUCAUAUCAUCAUCAUCGUUAGGUUCAAGCGAAAUUGCCACAAGCCAGUAUAGCCAGAAACUUUCCGACAGGCUCAGAUCAACGCUCCGGAACUC